CGUCUGCCCGCUUCGACCGCCUCGCGUCCAUGCUCGCCGCCAUGGCACGCCCGUACGACCCCAGAGAAUAUGAAUUAACUAUGCGGCAAGAGCCAAAACAGGCUCGCAUGUGUGGUGUAGGCGGUAAAGCCGACCGCCGGCCGAUCGACCCUCCACCAAUUGUGCAAUUGCGCGUCCUCGACCCGUCCGCUCGCCGCCCGCAAUCCAGCUCUUCUCGUGCCAGCUCGCCAGAUUCUACCGCUCCGCCGUCAGCCCAAAGCUUCCUCCAGAACCCGUAUUACUUCAUGUUUGCAAGCCUGGCUAAGCCGGACGAGGAUGUGGAAUUGCAUUGGCUGAAGGAUGGCAAAACACGAUGCACCACUGGCUCCGUUGUCUCCUCACUCUAUCAUUUGAAGGACACGGAGAACCAGAAUCAUGACGCGGGUUUCUUCGUAUUCCCGGACCUGAGCGUCAGGACGGAGGGCAGUUACCGGCUCAAGCUAAGCUUGUUUGAAGUAGUCAACAAUAACGUCUAUCACUGCAAGUCGAUCUUUUCGGCACCGUUCUACGUCUAUACCGCGAAGAAGUUCCCGGGUAUGGAAGAAUCGACGCCUCUGUCAUGCUCUCUUGCGGAUCAAGGCAUCAAAAUUCGCAUCCGCAAGGACAUCCGAGUACGAAAGCGGCCCGUCGCAGCGCUCGAUGCACCGGUCCCCAUGCCCAUCGGUCCCGUUCCUAUCGCUCAUGGCGCCUUCGGUCCUGUUCCCAUCCCUUUGGACGAUGACGAUGACGAUCGUGAGAAGGAAGAUCAUCACGAGCGGGAACGGGAGCGCGAGAGAGAGCACGACCGUGAGCGGGAGCGGGAGCGAGAGCGCGAGAGAAGGGAAUCUGCAGGAAGUGCAGGCGGCCCCAGCGGCAUAAGCAGAAGGGAUAGUCUGGACGGCCGCGGAGUGAAGCGUGCUCGCGGAGAGGACACUACUAUGGAAGAGGCGGGUCCAGCAAAUGGGCAGGUAGGAUGGGGAGCGAUCGACCCUGCGCUGGGGGCGCCCUCCCAUAGCUCGGCGCCCGUGCAGGGCCCGGUGUCUGGCCAUGCGCCCGCGCCCGUGGAGCACCCUCACUACGCCUCUUCUGGGCCAGGUCCUACGCCCGCUCCCUACGACCAUCGGUACUCCGCGCCCGCCCCGGCACCAGCGCCUCAGUACCAUUACGACCCUCACGCACAUUCCGCCGCCCCGCCGCAUCACUAUGCGCCGCCGCCGCCGCCACCGCAGCCCGCCCACUACUCGCACGUCCCUCCUCCACCCCACCACGCACAGCAUGCUCCGCCACCACCCCCGGCGCCAUACCAGUACGGUGCGGCUGCUCCGGGAGCUGCUCCCGCCCCAGCGCCCGUGCCCGCGCCCGCGCCAACCCCUUCACAGAGCUGGGGCCCGCCUCCUGCUCAGCCAUACGACCCAUACGCACACCAUCAGCAACACCAGUCGCACUACCCGCCGCCGCCGCACCACGGCCACCAGGGCCCGCCGCCACCUUCGAGCCAUCCGCCCCCGCCGCGGUACGACUACAACAACUACGGGCCGCCUCCCGCGCAGGCGCAGCAGCAAAGCGGAUACGGGAGCUACUACGAGCAGCAUCCUCAUCAUCAACAACACCACACGGCUGGCCCGCCUCCUCCGCCUUCGCUGCAGGGCCCGCCGCCUCACAGUGGGCACGGCCACCAUGCGGUUCAUCCCAGCCACCACCCGGGCUACGCGCAGCAACCAUCGUCUCCCCCGCCGGCUCCGGCGCAGCCCGCGUAUGCGAGCGAGUACGCGAGCCCUGCAACAAGCGCAACACCAUCCGGCGGCGUCAGCGGAUAUGGACGCGGUUACCCCCCGCCGAUGCCGCCUCAGUACUCCCCGUACGCGAGCAGCUCCGCAUCGCAGCCUCCACCUCCGCAGUCGUCGCGCUCGCACUCGCACCACAGCGGGCACUCCGCGCACGGACACGGAGCCCCCGCGCCGGGCUCCGCCCCCGCGCACAGCGGCCACUCACACUACCAGCUGAGCACGCCGCCGCACCACCACCAGUCGCAGGGGUACAGCGGGUACCCGCCGCCGCCCGCGUCGAGCUCGAGCGGGGAGGGCUCGUGGAGCACGUACGGGGGCCCGCCGCCGCCGCCGGGGCCCGGGGGCCCCACGCCGUACGCCCCAGAGUACGGCGCGUACGCGGCGCCUGGGGGCGGGAACCCGCCCGCGCCGAGCGCGGGGCUGACGCGGAUCCAGCUGGCGCCGUUGAGGGUGGGGGGCGCGUCGCCGCCGGGGUCGAGUGCGGGGCCGGGGUCGAACUCGGGGCCGGGGGAGCGUGGGGGCGGGAUGGGGAAGAAGAACCCGUUGAGUAUCGGGAACAUCAUCUCGGACGACUCGCCGUGA